CGCAGACUUUACCUCGCAACCAGCGAGGUUUUACCAUCGUGUGACGUUUUCUUGAUCGCCAACCGUUUUUUCAUCACUUCCGCUGCCGUUGCUGCGACACGGGACGUCAACCGCAAUGGCGGACAAGGAGAAGCGCCGGUCCGGAGUUAAUCCUCCGGGGAUGCCCGCGGGUAAAGCCACCAAAUCGGACAGUGACAGAGAGUUUCUGUCGCAGGCUGGGGUGGGAGACCUGCUCCGCGGCGCCAUCCUCAAGAUGGUCGAAGCCAGAUCAGACGAUCCCAUCGGGUUUCUUGCAGACCACUUCUGCAACCUCGCAUCCGUGACAGCCACCGGCUCGGGUGGAUGCGGCGACGAGGAGCAGUUGAACACCGGCACGUUGAGCGCAGGCGCGCAGGAACAGCAGCGUCUCAACCGGGCGCUGUGGCACCUGCGGCUGGCGCACCACUCCCAGAGAUCUGCCUUCAGCAACAAUGUCCGUGUGGCCUACGACCUUCUAAACCUCACUGGGCCUCAAAGAUGUGUAGGCGAGUUUUCUGAAGGCCCCGAUGUCCCCUGCACUGACAGCCCCACCGGAGGAGGAGGAGUGAGGGGAGGCCUCUACACUCAGACUUUGCAGUGCCUGUGCAGCGAAGGUGGAGUCCCUGCUUCCACCUCUGCUCCACUCCUACAGCGCCUCUAUUGUCACGACCAUGAAGCCGUCCCUUAUGAUGUCUUCCGUCACGGUGUGCUCACGUGUGCCGUUUUCUCAGACUACAUCCGGCAGGCUCAAAGGCUUUACGCUGAGGUGUGUUGCCCAGCCGAGGGCACUGCCUCGCGGGCGUUGUGCCUGGCCGUAUUGGGCACCUUGAAGGAAGCACUAGAGACUUCCCAGGGCUCUGAUACAAACUGCUGUGCCAAUGCUAACACUAAAGUGAAUUCCUGUCCUGAGGCUAAUGUGAAGGCUAUCCGCUACCUGGAGGCCAGUGCCAAGAUCUCUCCCUACAAGCUGGCUCAGGCCAUGGCUGGAGCACAAACUCGGGGACCUGGCGGCAACAUGGAUGCAAAAGAGUUUGAAAACGCAGCUGCAGAAUUGUUUAUCACUCGAGUGAAAGUUGUGUCCUAAAUCUUCUCAUGACUGAAGAAUGUAUAGGAAUCUACAGCAUGUCCAUGAGUAAAUGAUUAGCUUAUAUUCAUCUUCUGCAACCUCUGACCUUACUGUUGCCCAGUAAUAAACACCUACACAAAUAUUACCUCUUUUCAAGACUCACACUAAACUCACUAAGUCCACUGUAAAACAUACUGUUUGUUCACUGUUCCUGGCACUAACAAGUAACUGCAUGAAGCAGUCUGUGUGACUACAUAAUCAGUGGUGUAUGGGGGACAAGGAGUUCUUUUUGUGGAGAAGGAGUUCCAGUUCCUUGAAAUCAGUAUUUCUUCUGAUAGUUACUGUUGUUGAACGUUUUCCAUGAAAUUCUUGGAGUAGAGAGUAGUACUCUAACUUGUCCUCUUCAGCCAGUGAAAUCAACACUGCUGUAAUAAAGGUU